CCAAAAGAAAAGUGUUAGUAAUUGCUCUGGCCUCGCUUUCUGUGUCUCUGUCUUUGACCGAAGCCAAAGAAGAGGAAGAAACCUUAGCAGCUUUCGGCGCUCUUUUUCUUUAAUCUCUAAUCUAUUUUCCUUUUCCCUUCUUCCCUUCCAAUUUUUCCCAUAUCAUAUUCAAUUCUGUGUCUCUAUGACACACUAGUACUUGUUGUUUUGUGUACCCAUUAUUACCCACACACCCCAAAUACAAAUUAUAUUCUAAUCCAUUAUUUUAUAUUACUAUUACCUUAAACUAAACAAAAAUAAGUUAUUGUUGUUGUUGUUAUGUUUUUAUAUACUGGAGUGAUGUAUCUCCCUGGUUUCUACUCUCUAUGCAAUGAACAAAGCAACUGAAAUUGUUGCUUUUUAGCUUCAACAAUCUCUCAUCCAACGCAUCAGCCAAAUCUAGUGGCAUAUCUCAGCCUUCACUUUCACAACACUGCCAAAAAAAAAGAAGUAGAAAAAAAGAAACCCUUUACUUCUUUUUAGGGACGCAGGUCGUGUUUGUCUUGUUUUGGCUGCUGACACUAUCAUAGUUUUUUGUUAGGUGAAAUCAAGCCCACUAAUGUGUGUACGCAUUAGAGAAGGGCAUUGAAACAAAGUGUGAUUUCUGGUGGAGCUUGAUUAGUCAUCUUCUAUGCUGUCUUUUGUAACAGAAAACAUGGGCUUACUCUGUAGCAGAAAUCGCCGGUAUAAUGAUGCUGAUGCUGAAGAAAGUGCACAGACUGCAGAGAUUGAAAGAAGAAUAGAAUUAGAAACGAAGGCUGAAAAGCAUAUUCAGAAACUUCUACUACUUGGAGCUGGAGAGUCAGGGAAGUCCACAAUAUUUAAGCAGAUAAAACUUUUGUUUCAAACUGGCUUUGACGAGGCAGAACUAAAAAGCUACUUACCAGUCAUUCAUGCUAAUGUGUAUCAGACAAUAAAAUUACUGCAUGAUGGAUCAAAGGAGUUUGCCCAGAAUGAUGUUGAUUCUUCAAAGUAUGUUAUAUCCAAUGAAAAUAAGGAAAUUGGGGAAAAGUUAUCAGAAAUUGGAGGCAGGCUGGAUUACCCAUAUCUCACCAAGGAGCUUGCACAGGAAAUUGAGAAUCUGUGGAAGGAUCCUGCAAUUCAGGAGACAUAUGCCCGUGGUAGUGAGCUUCAAAUUCCAGAUUGUACUGAUUAUUUCAUGGAAAAUUUGCAAAGGCUGUCUGACACAAAUUAUGUGCCAACAAAGGAGGAUGUUUUGUAUGCAAGAGUGCGUACCUCUGGCGUUGUUGAGAUCCAGUUCAGUCUUUGCUAUUUUGACAGCCCUGUUGGGGAAAGUAAGAAAAGUGGUGAAGUCUAUAGACUCUUUGAUGUUGGCGGCCAGAGAAAUGAGAGGAGAAAAUGGAUCCAUUUGUUUGAAGGAGUUUCAGCUGUAAUAUUCUGUGCUGCAAUUAGCGAGUAUGAUCAGACACUUUUUGAGGAUGAAAACAGAAACAGAAUGACCGAGACUAAGGAACUUUUCGAGUGGAUCCUGAAGCAACCAUGUUUUGAGAAAACAUCCUUCAUGUUAUUCUUAAACAAGUUUGACAUAUUUGAGAAGAAGAUCCUGAAAGUCCCACUUAAUGUAUGCGAGUGGUUCAAAGAUUACCAACCAGUUUCAACAGGGAAACAAGAAAUUGAGCAUGCUUAUGAGUUUGUGAAGAAAAAAUUUGAGGAGUCAUAUUUCCAGAGCACUGCUCCUGAUCGUGUUGAUCGCGUCUUUAAGAUCUACCGGACCACUGCCCUUGAUCAGAAGGUUGUGAAGAAGACUUUCAAGCUUGUUGAUGAGACUUUGAGGCGGAGAAAUCUAUUUGAGGCUGGCUUGUUAUGAGCAGUGAUGAACCAUAUAUGUUAUAAAAAGGGAUAACAAUAUUUUUACAUUGAAGAGGUGACCAGAUUUUGGGUAUACUAGGGAGUCAGGUAUACUAAAUAUUAAAUCGAUUUGUUGAAUAUUAUUUCAAGUUAAUCUUGUGGAGAAAGAAAAGCCUUUUCUUGGAGUUGAUCUCCACAUCCAUCUUCAAAGGGCAAAUUUAUUACUACUAGUCUAUUACUACUCAAGUUUCAAGAUUUGAUAUCAUGAUUUGUGAUCAUGCUUUAAUAGAUUGAAAAUCACUAAUCAUAUGAUAUAUUUCAUAUUUCAUACUAUUAGUGAUUAUAUUUUGCCUCCUAGUGGUCUUGUGUUGAUGUGCAUGCAUCAUGCAUAUGCAUGCACACGUGUAAAUAAUUUGGAGAUGUGCCAAGUGUCAUGUGCUGGCUUUGUCGACUUCUGAAUUCAGACCUUAUAAUUUGCUUUUAAUACUCGUUUCGAAUAUUGGUCGGCAUUGGUACUA